GUUUCGUAAGUGCUUGUAGGCACACGAGUUUUUGCUUAAUUUUGUGAGAAUAUUAUUAAAUUUAUUAAAUAAAAAUGCGUAUAACACAAUUUUUAAGAUCUAAAGUAAAGAAUUUUUCCAAUUUCCCCAAGGAAUAUAUAGAAAGAAGUAAAAAACAGGUUUACUAUGAUACUCCAAAAGGUACUCCACAAUAUUUAAACCGCACUGUAGAACGCAAACGUUUUCGUUACACCAUGAAUCGUCCUUGGACCGGGCAAUUCCGUCAACAAAAUAUGCCGGGUACCAUGCGUAAGAAGGUCUUUGUAACACCCAUAGAGGAAUGGGGUUUCUUCCGCGGUGAUCGCAUUGAAGUUUUAGUAGGCAAAGAUAAGGGCAAACAGGGAUAUGUUGUACAAGUUAUACCCGAACGUAAUUGGGUUGUAGUCGAGGGUUUAAAUUGGCACUAUCGUACUGUAGGUGGCGAAGAUGAUUUCCCUGGCGUUCUCAUUAAAUCUGAAGCUCCCCUAGAUGUAACCAAAGAUUUACGUCUAAUUGAUCCAUCGGAUUUGCAAGGCUGUGAUUUUGAAUGGCGUUUUACGGAGGAUGGCGAUAAGGUGCGUGUGUCUGUACGCACUGGACGUAUCAUACCCAUUCCAGAAUCUAACAAUCAAACACAUGAUUAUAAAACCAAGGCAGCUUAUAUCGAAAGGGAAAAGGAUACACCAGCCACGGUUGUUGAAGAAAUCACCUUCCAACCCAAAUUAAAUACCUUUGAAAUGGACAUCAUGGAAGAAAUGGGCAUUAAAGAGGAUCGCGUACCCAAAAAAUCAUACUGGUAUUAAAUAGUUCAAUCUAAAACGCUCUUCAAUAAGUUGUUAUAAAAUGUUAAUUAAAUUAACAAAAACUUUAUUAAAAAAUAAAUAAAACACUAGUAAUUAAAAAAAACCAUAAAAA